AACGCAGGGAUCGCAUCAAGCCAGGGGUGGGGUCGCUUUGAUACGCAACCAGACGUGGAUGUACGCUCCACGGCGAGCUCCAAAGCUCUAAACUUUAGUGAGAACAAACCUCCUGCAGGAGGAGACAGAGGGAGGCUGCAGGCGUGCAGGUUCCUUUAAAGAUCUGGUCCAUCCAGGAAAGCUGCGCAGUCCAGGAUUUAUUUUACUAGACAAAAAAAUAACCUCCACUCAGUCUUUUUUGUCUGCAUCCUUUACUGGGCGCCAUGGCGUGGCCGUGCAUUACGCGCGCUUGCUGCAUCAACCGCUUCUGGACCGAGCUGGAUAAAGGGGACAUCGCGGUGCCUUUGGUUUUCACCAAGUACUCGGAUGUGGCUGACGUGCAGCAUCUGGCCCAUCACCCGCAGCAGAAGCAGAAGCGGGCCGCCGCAGCCUCGGAGACCUGGCCGCAUCCUGAGCAGCCGGAGGCCGCCAAGGCACCGCCCGCGACGGGUGCCGCAGCGGGCAAAGAUGGCUCUGCCGCGUCCGUCAUGCGCCAAGACUUUAAGGCGUGGAGAGUGCGCCCUGAGCCCAGCUGCAAGCCCAGAAACGAGUAUCAACCCCCGCCGGCCCCUUUCAGCAACGAAACUCAGUAUCAGAAGGAUUAUAAAGCCUGGCCCAUACCGAAAAAACACGACCACCCAUGGAUCCCCAAACCCGCUCCCAACACCUCCUCCGGCGGCCCAGAGAGGAGCACAGAGCCCGGUAAGCUGGAGCAUCAGCCCGCUGAGACCGAGGGGGGCAUGGAGAAGUGCGAGAUCGAGGAGAAGAUACAGGAGAAGGAGUCAAAGCAGGUGGUGAGGAGGGAAAAGUCGGCGGAGAGGAAAGCUGGUGAGUCUGCAGAAGAGCAGCGGAGAAGCAGAGCGGCUGCAGAUGCUCUCAACAAGCAGAUAAAGGAGGUGAUGUCCACCUCCAGCAGCUACAGGACUGAGUUUAAAGCCUACAAGGAUGUGAAACCAGUGAAGCCCAUUAAAGCUCCAUCCCAGUAUAAACCACCUGGAGAGGAGACCAGCCUGGAAACAAGCUACAGUGCCACGUUCAAGGGGGAGCAGGUGAAAGGUCCGGCGACUGACAACAAGCUGCUGGAGCGCAGGAGGAUACGCAGCCUGUACAAUGAGCCGGGCAAGGAGCCCGCCAAGGACAUCUCAGAGACUGAGAACCUGCACCUGCAGUAGUCAGGUGGACAAGCCAGUGUCCCGCACCAAACCAAGAAAGGCACCGACAACAACAACAGGGAAGACGGUGAAAAAAGCUAAAGAGAAGCAGAUUUCUAGUUCCCAGUCAGCAAAGAAGAAACCCCCUGGAGGCUCUUCAGAACCCAAACCGGACGGCGCCGUCUCCAAGAAGAGCAAAGAGAUCAGCAACAGACUGGCUGAGGCCAAUCAGUAGAAGAGGAUCAUUUCUAACCAUUUACGUGAUAAAUUAAGCAAAUCUCUUCCCUACAGUUUCUCUCCUCCCUUCUUUUCCCGACCUGCGUGGUCCACCUGAUGUUUCGCUUGUAGAAUAAUGAUAUGACUGUAAUCUGUGAGAACGAGUGAAGGUUUGUGAUUCUUUUUGUAUUUUGGUGCACUGAACUGCUUUUAUAUAGCUGAGCACAUAAUUUGCACAUAUGACUUUAAUUUGCGAUCAAACUUUAUAAAGGAAGGGGACACGUGUUUGUUUUUGGUGCAAAAGUCUUGUGCUGCCCUUCAUGAGGGGGAGGUUUCUGUCAUUGUGAGUGCGUCUGUAGUUAUCUCAUGGAUGGAUUUAAAGCAACACUAAACAGUUUCCCGCUCCUCCGCCCUACUGGUUGACAGUGGAAUUACCACGGUCAUAAACAACCCUGCUGCAGCUAGCGCUAACAACGAGCUAACACUAACAUGAGUAAACAAUACUAAAAUAAACCAGAAAGGAAAAAGAUCCACGCUGUUGGACAACGAAUAUUAUUACUUACAAGUCCAGUAGCAACAAAGCCAGGUCACCAUCAGUCCGCGAUUUUAUAGCCUCCUUUAGCUCUCUCAAACUAGAGUAGGCCAGUGUUCACUCGGGUUUAGCUCUUUGCCUCCAAAGACAUUUCUCUGACUUUUACUUCUAGGCUCCAUCAUGAUGCCAACAAAAAAAGCAAGCUUCCUUAUUUUCUUCUUGUGGUUUUUAUUGAUUUUCUGCAAACCUAAAAAGCUAACUGCUAGCCUUUUAAAUUAGCGACCAGCACAGAAAAUAGCCAACAGCCUUUAAGGAGGUAAAGAGCGCCCCCUAGCGCACCUACCUGCUACACCAAACUGCUGUUUCUGGUCAGUAGAGUGCUGUAGCGUGAAGUUGGUGAAGUUUCUACCUACACAAUCACUGAACCCCACUUUUAAAGGAAUUGGUUAAAGUGUUAAAACCUCCUUUGUGUCGCUGUAAGUGAACUUUCAGAAAGUAUUCAGUCAUGAUUUCCGUUACAGCUAAUUUACAUUAUCCAGCACAAAAAUGGCUCCCGGUCAUUUUAGCUUUACGAAUGUUGAGCUAAAAUUGGAUUUCGUAGCAGCUGAUAGUCUAAAUUAGGUUUUAACAAAAGAACAAUUUAAUUUGCAAUUCUGAAAAGCAGCGGAAAUUAAGCUUUUCCUCAUUAAUUUCCAGGUCUUUAAAACAGAAGUUGGGAGUUUCCCCCUACAGGUAUUAUGUAUGAUUUUUUUUAAAUCCAUAAAAAUCUGCUGACAUAAUGUAGGCAAUACAUUUUAGCUAAGCGCGCUCCAUCCCACAGAGCCCAGCGCAACUUCAACUGAGCGCCAUUUUACUUUAGCCAAUAGCGUUGGACAUCCGUUUAUGCACAGAUGUUGCCAACAUUUUUAAGGACAAGUAAGUCUUUAAAAAACAUAUAUAUGAAUAAAUAGUAUAACGUAAGAAUUGUAAUUACUAAAACAAGGUGUUUUGGCUCUGUUGGCCAGCUAGAGGUGCACGUUCACAAACAAGAGGCGCUGCUUCUAGCUGUAAUCACAGAAGUAGAGGGAUGGACUUAAGGUGCAAUGCAUUUGUUCUGCCUCUAGAUGGCGCCCGCUGCUUUAGCUAUUUUAUAUUUUCCUCAAAAUAAGCCAGACUUUCUUGUAAUCCUUCAAAGUGGUGACGAUCAUUAGUUCAACAUUCCUGAAAGUUUCUCUUUGACCUUUGCUGUUUCACACCGUUUUGGUCCAUGCGUUGGAAUGAAACUUUUUUUUAAAGAAAUCCAUUUUUUUUACACUUUUAAUGUGACCUUUAAGUUGUUUGAUGAGAAAACUUUCCCUGAUAUAAAGGAGAACAUCUGAAUUAAUAUGAAAACGUUCUCUUGAGUAACUUUGACUGAUUACGACCACUUUUAUUAAAAUUACAAGAAAAUCCAGCUUCUCUGAACUAUAAAGUAAUACAAGGGGAUGGCUUGAGACUUUUGCACGUUAUUGAUGCAUGUGUGUGAAACGUUUUUUUUAAACCGUUGAAUGGACUGAGAUCAGGUUUAAUAUAAAUCAGUUAAAGGACCUAAAGCUUUUUGUUUUCUGAGACCGAACCACACGAGUGAUCUAGGGAAAGGUCAAACUCUGUUUUCCGAUUUCUUAAUUUCCAGUGCCUCCGCUGUACGGUUCUCGUUUCAUUCCAUUGUUCUGGAUGAUAUCUGGUUUAAUCAGAUUGGUUGCUAAGAAACCAAACCAACUAUAAUGUAAUUUCCACUGCUUGCAUGCAAGAUGCUGCUCUCCUUCUUUUUAUUUAUUUUUAUUGGUUAAGUAGCAGCAUACAGCAGCCUGCACUCUGCAGUCACAUUCUAGCUUGUAAAUUUGCAGCAUCAAAGGCAAAUUUAUAGGAAAAAGACAUUUUCAGAUAUAAUGCAUGAGUAGAAAUAGGUAGCAAUCACACCAGAAGCUACACUCAGAAUAAAAUCAUAAUCGGGUGACUGUUAAAGCUGUAAAAAUGACAGAAAAACGGCUCUCUCAAAUGAAACGAGAUCCUCUGGAAUUUCAACAUAACUACAGCAGUUUUGUGACAUCGUAGUGAAAUUAUAGGAAAAAAAGGUGAUUCGCUGACUAAUCUUCUCCAGGUGUUUAAAGAGCAAGUCACCCCCUACCAGAUUCUUACUCAACUCCCACUUCCCGUUUGAAAAAUGCAACAAAUGCUGUUGCCUAGCAGACCGAGAGGGUGGAGCCGCUAACAAAUACACACACUCACGACAUUGUGACAUCAUAAUGUACCAUCUAGCAUCAUAGUGUGCCUCUUAGCCAAUAGCGAUGGCAGAUUUAAAUUCAAAUGCAGUGCUGAGUUUUUACCUGACGACGGUGCAUCGCUGACAGCUUUAGGCAGAAUAUUUAAAAUUUAACUAAGAUGAACUAAAAUGCCGAAUUAUUGACUACAUUUGUCCACAACACGAUCAGACACUCAUUUAUAUAGUUUAUCAGCAAAAAAAAUGUUGAUUUGGCGUGACUUGCUCUUUAAGGACAAAGAAAAAGGCCAGGACUAAAUUAAUUCAAAACGCUGCUGUCUGAAAUCACGUGCUGAAAUGUCAGCCCAGCCUUCCCUUUCAGGUUGUUAUCCGCCACGAGUCUCGUCAGCGGCUUCAGCGAGGGGCGCAUCCGAGCCCCCAGGUUCUGGUGCCGGUGUCUGACCUCGUCAGUGCUGCUCUACACUCCAACAUCUUGGUGCUAUAUCUCAUCGGCUGUGCUGUCUGGUUUGGACGUGCGUGUUUGGCCUCGGAUCAGAGGGAGGAGAUGACGCCAUGACGUCAUCCUGCUGCAGAUGUGUUGUGAUGUCCUGCUUGUAUUUCCAGCUUGCCCUGAAUGAACUGAUUAAAAAAAUGCAACAAA